CUUAAGUGCCCGACUAUUAUCAGUAUUAUCCAUAUUAUUAUUAUUAUUAAUAAAUCAAUUGACACCGAUUUCGGGUCUACAUUUACCGCUACUAAGUCCGCCGUCCACGUCAAACAAGGGUACCGGCCAGACAUUGGGUCUGGGCAGUCAACGUCCGGUCAACAAAGACCCGAUAACUGGCCAACCGUGUCGUCCGAUUAGCACAGCUGACCAACCGUUGCUCGGUGUCGAUAUAGGAGGUUUGUUGGGCGGAGGUGGUGGUGGUGGUGGCCAAGGGUCGCAAAAAAACUUGCCACUAUGCACACAGCUGGCCAAACCGGUAUUCAGGCGAUCCUUUAGCAAUGUGACAGUAGUGGCCGGCAAGGAAGCCAUAUUCGACCCGUCCUAUAGCGGUAUACCCGUACCUUCGAUCCAAUAUUACCGAUCAGUAACGCCGAUAUUGGACGAUGGCCAGCGUGUGUCGAUUGAUGCCGAUAAUCGGCUACACAUUUUGCUGGCCAAUCGUUCCGUAGAUAAGGGCGUCUAUACAGUAGUGGCCAAAAAUAGCGUCGGCUUAGAUUCAAUCAACUUUGAGAUCGAAGUGCUAGACGUACCCAAACCGCCCGGCGGUCCAUUGGUGGCCAAUAACUUGACCUAUAAUUCGGUAGUACUGUCGUGGACACCGCCAUCGGAUACGGGAGGUCUCGAUAUUACUGAUUAUCUGAUUGAAAAACAAGAGUUACCAGAGUUGUCGUCGUCGUCAUCCAAAUUAUCGGCCGAACCCCAGUGGACACGGGCAACAAAAACCGGAAAAUUAUCAAAAACUAUUGGUCCACUGUCGACGGGACAAAGCUAUCGAUUUCGGGUAAUUGCCGUCAAUCCGAUUGGUUCGUCGCCGCCGCUGGUGCUCAACGAUCCGCCGAUAGUACCGCGCGGUCCGCCAUCGCCGCCGGUCAACGUACGCGUAGCCAAUCAUACGUUUGUAGCCGUAGUAAACUGGUCGCCGCCUAUCCAGGAUAACGGUUCGCCGAUUACCAGCUAUAUGGUCGAGAUUAGGGAACCGGCCACUGGUGGCGGCGACUGGUUGAUUGGCGCACAGGUUCCCGCCGCUACACUGGCAGCUAAUUUGGCCAAUGUUUUCGUCAAUAAAACCUACGAGUUUCGGGUGAGCGCUGUAAACCAAAUUGGCAAAAGCAAACCGUCCCGGGAGACACCGAAAAUAACUAUCCGGGACAAUCUGAAUGCGCCCAACAUUGACAUCAAACAAAUGCGCGACACAAACGUCGACCGCGGGUCACCCGUUAGGGUAUCGGCACCGGUAUCGGGCAAACCCGAACCGACAGUUGAAUGGCUAUUCAAUGGUAUAUCAAUCAAACCUAAUGAUAGCGGCAAUGUUCGGCUUAAGACUGAAGGCAAUUCGGCCACUCUGGCCAUCGAAGCGGCCGACAAACAGAAUGUCGGCGUCUAUACACUGGUGGCCACCAACAGUGCCGGCAACGAUUUGGCCACAUUCAGGUUGACCGUCAAUCAACCGCCCGGCCGGCCGUCAGGUGUACUGUCGAUCGAACCGAAACCGAUGUCACUGGAGUUGGCCUGCAAUCCGCCAGACGAUAACGGCGGACGACCGAUUACGGCCUAUGUGUUCAACAAAUUUGACAAUAAAACCGGCCAAUGGUUACCGCUGGCCAAUGUCCAGUGUUCGAAACCCGAUAUCAUCGGUUGCUGUUUGACUUCAAUUAAAAGCCCCACCAGCGAGGAUAUCGGUGCCCUAUACUCGGUGCAGGCCAUCAACUCAGUUGGCCAAUCCGAACGGUUAACUGGACGCGCGGGAACCGAACAACUGUCGGCGCCACAAAAUCUGACAGCAGUUUUGGACAAUAAAGGACGGGUAGUAUUGCAAUGGUUGCCACCGAUCAAUGCCGCCAAAACCAAUGCCAGUAGUCCUGUUGACAGCUAUUAUGUUGAACUGAAACAAUUACCCGACGGUCAGUGGCGUAACGCUAGCGUAGACCGUGAUUCGCCAGUGGCUACCAAUGCUGUCGUCGUCAUCGAUGUCUUGGCCAACAAUAACUAUACGUUUCGUGUUAGCGCUAACAAUGCCAAUGGUAUGAGUGACCCGUCAGAGCCCGCUCCCAGUGUCACCAUUACUAUAUCCAGUGUUCCAAUUAUUGACCGCAAAUCGGUCAGAGAUUAUACAGUAGACAAUGGCCAGAAUUUGCGUAUAGAAUUGCCAGUCAGCGGUACACCCGAACCGGACAUCGAGUGGCUGUUCAAUGGGACAGCAAUCGACGCAAACCGUACGCCGAACGUUGCGCUGACUGUCGACGACAAUCGAGCCGUACUGACCAUUCAAAGAGCCGACAAAUCGGCUAAUCAGGGCGUAUACGGUUUGCGGGCCAAUAAUACUGUAGGUACCGAUUUGGUUAGCUUUCGUAUUGCUGUACAGUUACCAUUAGAUACGCCGCCGGCCAUCUGUCCACCACUCGACACCGCAAGUAUAGUUGUAUCCAAUAUAACCAGUACUGCCAUACAAUUGCAAUGGAAACCAGUCGACUAUCGGGAAUACAUACUGUACUAUAAGAUUGAAGAGUAUAGUAAAGACUCAAAACUUUUGGACGUUUGGACAACGGUUGCCAACACUACCCAAACCGCUCACUGGCUAACUGGUCUAAUAUGUCAUUCGACACACAAAUAUCGGAUCAGUGUUACCGCUGGCCAGUUGUCGACGACGACGGCCACCACCACCACCACCACAAUACCCCAAUACAGCGAUACGGCAGCGAUAACCACCAACAUUGCUCAACCAUAUCCGGUCGGCGGACCCGUAAGAGCGUCGGAUAUCACUGACGACAGUAUUGUCUUACAUUGGGAAACGGUAGCCAACGAUUGCGGUUCACCCGUUAUCGGCUAUAAGAUAGAAAAACAGAUUAUGGGCGACAAUAGCUGGCAUUUUGUUGGCCAAUCGCGCAAUAUACUAGUGCGCGUCAAACACCUGAAUCCAGACACCAAAUACCGGUUCCGAGUUAUGGCAUUGAAUAUUGUCGGACCAUCCGAACCGUUGAUAUCCGAUUAUAUUGUCACCCAAUCGACGACUACAACGACAGCACGACUACCUCCUAAUAAUAAUGAUAAGUUAUUGUUGACAACAAUACCGGAUCCUGCUUGCGAUAAACAAGACAAGGUUUCGAUAACUAUACCGCCAAUGCCCACACCUACACAACCGACUAUAACAACUACAACAACACCAGAACCGACUACUACUACUACUACAACAACACCACAACCGACUACUACUUCUACAACAACACCACAACCGACUACUACUACUACAACAACACCACAACCGACUACUACUUCUACAACAACACCACAACCGACUACUACUACUACAACAACACCACAACCGACUACUACUACAACAACAACAACAACUCCAGAACCUACUACUACUACUACAACGACAACAACACCACAACCGACUACUACAACAACAACAACACCACAACCUACUACUACUACUACUACUACAACGACAACAACACCACAACCGACUACUACAACAACAACAACACCACAACCUACUACUACUACUACUACUACAACGACAACAACACCACAACCGACUACUACAACAACAACAACACCACAACCUACUACUACUACUACAACGACAACAACACCACAACCGACUACUACAACAACAACAACACCACAACCGACUACUACUACAACAACAACUCCAGAACCGACUACUACUACUACCACUACGACAACUACAUCGAAAUUAAUGCCACAAAAAGAUAAUAUAUUGUACUCACCAUCAAUACCGGCUCCUUCUUGCGAUAUAUCAAACAUUACUAAGAAUGAGGUAAUGAUUAAUUGGGCGCCACUAUACUGUCCGACUAACGGCACACUACCCAUGGACUAUGUAAUUGAAAAACAAUACGAUGGCCGAGAGAUGGAUCGAUGGACAAGUGUGGGUCGAUUGAAUAGAUCGUACGUCUGGAUCAACGAACUGAUGGCCAGACAUUUGAUCCGAUUUCGGGUAAAAUCAGUUGAUCCGUUGUCUGGCGCCGAAUCUGCGCCGGUAGAAACCGAUUGGGUAUUUCUCAACGACAACAACAACGAUUGUAAGUGUCGUCCGAUAGCCGGUCCAAUUGAACCGAAAUAUAUCGGCAAUAACUUGUUGGACAUCAAGUGGCAAAAGUCUACCCAAUCGGGUGUUCAGUAUAAGAUUGAAAAGUUUAAUAAACUUAUCUACCGUUGGGAACAACUGUCCACAAUCACUGAUAAUCAUCUAUUAGUAGGCAAUUUGGACAAACACAUCGACAAACUGUACCGAUUGAGUGUAACCAACAAUCGAUGUGAUUCGGUACCCGUUGAACUCAAAUUGCUAACUGUACCCGAACUGUCCAUCAAUCAGACGGCAAUAGGACCGAUCAGAUUACCCGAACAACCUGAGAUAAGUACGUUUAUUGUUGACGUACCCGACCAACAUUCGGUGAUCGGCAUCUGGCAAUCGGAGGGCACAAAUGUCUUUCCAAUACUACGUGAUCAGAGACAGUUGGAAAGUGUGACCCGAAAUAUGAGUCUAGAUUUUUGCAAAACACCGAUUGUACAAAACAAUAGUUCAAUAAUUAUACCGCCAAUGCCCACACCUACACAACCGACUACAACAUCGCAACCGACUACAAUACCACAACCGACUACAACAACCACAGCAACUCAAGAACCGACUACAACAACAACACCACAACCAACUACUACUACGACAACAACAACUACAACGACAACAACACCACAACCGACUACAACAGCCACAGCAACUCAAGAACCGACUACAACAACGACACCACAACCGACUACUAUUACGACAACUACAACGACGACAACAACAACACCACAACCGACUACUACUACAACAACUACAACGACUACAACACCACAACCGACUACAACAACAACUACAACGACGACAACAACAACACCACAACAGACUACUACAACAACUACAACGACAACAACACCACAACCGACUACAACUACAACAACGACGACAACAACAACACCACAACCGACUACUACUACAACAACGACGACAACAACAACACCACAACCGACUACUACUACAACUACAAUAACAACAACACCACAACCGACUACAACUCCUGAACCGUCUACUACUACUACGACAACUAAAUCGAAAUCAAGGCCACGAAUAGAUAAGUUAUUGAAGUCAUCAAUACCACCAAUAGAUAAGAUAUUGUAUUCACCAACAAUACCGGCUCCUUCUUGCGAUAUAACAAACAUUACUAAGAAUGAGGUAAUGAUUAAUUGGGCGCCACUAUACUGUCCGACUAACGAUACACUGCCCAUGGAGUAUGUGAUUGACAAACAAUACGAUGGCCGAGAAAUGGAUCGAUGGACAAGUGUGGGUCGACUGAAAAAAUCGUACGUCCGUAUCAACAAACUGGUGGCCAGACAUUUGAUCAGAUUUCGGGUAAAAUCAGUUGAUCCGUUAUCCGGUGCCGAAUCUUUGCCGGUAGAAACCGAUUGGAUAUUUCUCAACGACAACAACAACAACGAUUGUAAGUGUCGUCCGAUUGACGGCAUAAUUGAACCGAAAUAUGUUGGCCACAACUCGUUGGACAUCAAGUGGCAAAAGUCUACCCAACAGGGCGUCCAUUAUAAGAUUGAAAAGUUCAAUAAACUAACCUAUCGUUGGGAACUACUAUCGACUAUCGAUGACAAUCAUCUAUUAAUCGACAAUUUGGACAAACAAGUGGAUAGACAGUUACGAUUGAGUACUACCAAUAACCAGUGCGAUUCGGUACCGGUUGAAUUCAAGCUGCUGGCUAUACCCGAUCUGUCCAUCAACGAAACUAUUGGACCAAUCGAAAUGGCCGAACAACCCGAUGUUCGUACCUAUGUUGUCGACGUACCCGAUAUACAAUCGGUAAUCGGUAUUUGGCAAUCCGCGGGUACCGAUGUACGACCUAUACUCAGAGAUCGGGAACAAUUGAAGACAAUGGCCCGACAUCUUUGUCUAGGUUUAGAUCAGUCAGCUAAGGCCAGUCCAAAAGGUGCCGACAGCGUCGGCGGUACCGAACAAUUUAAUUUCCAAUAUAAUGGACCGAAAAUUGCGAAACCAAUCUUACCAUCGAUGCCUAAAUCAAUGGCUUUUGAUUUUGAAGAGUAAACCAACAAAAAAUUUAAGACAAAAUUGUUUUUUUUGUAUUUUUU